UUUGGUAAUUACAAACACAAACGAAGAUGAGUUAUUAUGAAUUAUGAUAAAUCCUAAGUUAUAAGAUUAUCUAAUCUUCUCUAAAUAUUCUUAUUUUUUUUCAUUUAGUAAUCAAAGUAUACAUCACUACAUAAAUUACAAAUGAACUGAACUAUAGUAUAUAUUAAACAAUUGGUUUUUACAAUUAAAGUGUAAAGUAUAAUAUUAGAAUACAAUAAUUGAUUUUUAUGAAUGAUAAAAAAACAUUCUUGAUUUAUCUUAAGAAUUUAUUGAAUAAAAUCUAUUUAAAAAAGCUAAGGAAGUAAGGACUAAAAUGGAAGAUGACAUAGAAAACAUUGAGUUAAAACCAUCAAGCAUAAGACGAAAUAUAACAGUCAGAAAUAAUGUGGCUAGACAAGUUGCUGUAAAUUUUAUGCCCUCACUAGCAACCAGUACAUUACGCUUGCGUAGAAUGAACAGUGAGCAUGAUAUACUAAUUGAUACUACCUCUGAUGAUCCUGAUUCUGCAGAGAAGCAAGCAGAUAUUAUUGUGAGAGAGAUUGAGCAACAUCUACAUCUCAUGGAAGAUAAUCCUGUCUCUGAGGAGUUGAGAAGGGAAGCUUUGCGUGACUUGCCACAAGGGUUGACAAUAAAGAGGAACGUUCGUGCCAAACUUUCUGCAUCUGUGAGUCUUCGUUCAAAGAGAAGGCCAAUAUCCAUGUUCAAAAGUUUCAAGUACAGAUUUAGUUACACUUGUAAAAGGAGUCGUGAGCGACUACGCGACCUGAUAUUUUCGGUGGAGCUGUGGUACGAGGCGAUCCGUCACAUCGAGGGGCACUUGGGCUCCGCUGUAGGCUCCUACUUCCACCUGCUCCGCUGGCUGUUCUGCGUCAACCUGGUGUUGUCGGUCUUCGUGGUGGGGUUCGUGAUGGUGCCGCAGAUCGUGCACGACCAGGCCACCAAUCACACGGCUAGCAAGAGCUUGUUGGACUUGGUGACUGGUACGGGCGGGUUUGAAGAGUCCGUGCUGUUCUACGGUCACUACCAUGACGGCGCCAUCUCCGGUCCGACGCCACUCCACUACUACAUGCCUUUCGCUUACUUCUUCACCUUCACCUGCCUAUACGUAGCCGUAUUUGCUGUGCUGUGCUACAGAACAGCUUACUCGUACCGGCGCACCUUCAUCGAGACGAGUGGCGGGCUCUCCAACGUGUUCGCCAACAAGGUGUUCUGCGGCUGGGACUUCGGCAUCGUGUCGGAGCGAGCGGCCCUCCUCAACGCCGCUAGUCUCUACAAUGAAUUCAAGGAACUUCUGAGUGAACAGGACAAAACCAAGACAGAGAUGUCACUAUGUGUCCGAUUCGGCCGUCGUCUUACGAAUUUAGCCGUUACCGUUUUGGUAUUAGGGUUUAUAACCGCGCUGCAGUACGGGCUGUGGCUGCUUCUGGAGACAAACGUCAGUAGCCACUCCGAGAUACUUCUUUCCUUGAUAGUGACGGUCGUGUUGGCUGUUUGUCCGUUCAUCUUCAAUUUUAUUGUAAGGUUCGAGUUCUACGCGCGCCGCACGUCGCUGUACGUGACGACCGCACGCACGUGGCUCUUGGACAUGGCCACGCUCGCGGUCAUCUUCGUGUACUGGGCGAGAUCCGGCACUGCUUGUUGGGAGACGGCGGUAGGUCAGGAGGCGUAUCGUCUGCUCCUGCUCGACUGUCUGGUCUCUCUGCUUCUCCUGCCCGCUGUUGAGUUUCUCAGAAUUUUUAUUUAUAAAUGGAAGCCGGCGGGUGGUGGCCCCGAGUUCAACAUCGCGUACAACUCCCUGACGCUGGUGUACAACCAGGCCGUGGUGUGGACAGGGCUGGCUCUGUGUCCUCCGCUGGUGGUGGCCCUGACCGCCAAGUGUCUGCUGCUGUUCUACGUGAAGCGGGAGUGCGCCCUGCGAGCCUGUCUGCCCGCCACCAAGGUGUGGCGCGCGGCUCAGACUCAGAGCGUACUGUACAUGUUGGUGACGCUGUCUCUGUUCACCAUCAGCUUCGGUCUGGGGGUGCUGUUACUGGGGUCUCCAUCGCAGCAGUGCGGCCCGUUCCGUCAGUACUCGUACGUGAUAUCUGUGGUCAGUGAGGGAGUGCUGCGCCUCUCUCAUCACCACACCGUCAGCAGAGUCAUCACCUUCAUCACCCGCCCCGGCUUCAUUGGCUUCUUUUUCGUGGCGUUGUGUGUGUGCGUGUACUGGGCCCGCGCCACGUCGCAGGCUCAACGCUCCAGUGUGGCUCUGUUGCGGGAGAUGAUCGUGUUACAGGCCAAGGACAAGGACUUCCUGUUGGCUGCCAUCGCCAACGUGUCGCAAGGAGAAUGGCUGUAUAGUCCAAAAGCGGAGGAAAACUUGGAGAGUCACACGUGGAAGUAUCUUCAAGAGGUCCGCAAGCCGUCCAACGCCGGCUUCCAACUGGACGCGUCCCGCCACAGCCGCAGCUACCGCGAGCGGCCGCCGUCCUCGGCCCACGACGGCGACACGGACAGCUCCUUCAGCUGGCAGGGCUCCGGCAACCAGCUGCACGACCGCGCCGAGGGCAGGAACAUGAUUUGAUGUUACGAUAUGUUUAUUGUGAUGUUGACAACAACAUUUACAAUACAUACUUUAAAUAUUUAAAGUAAAGCAUGCAUUUAUUCAUGACAUCACAAAACAUUAUAAUCACGGAUCAACUCGACAACAAACGGCACAAAGUGAAAGAUUUAAUACGGAGAUUGUAGAUCUCUGUAACUUAGCAGGAAAUGCAGUUGCCUAACCAUGAGAAGGAUGGAGAAGAAAGGUUAUUUAAAUGAUUCUUAUUUCAAUUCCAAAAGUGCUGAGUGGGUAUCCUUUUCAUGACAUCCUAUUUUUAAUUUGUUAAUUUUACUAUCUAUAAUAUACAAAUUGGAAAAAUACUAUGUAUAAUAUAAUAUAAUAUAUAAGUAAUAUACAAAAAUGUAUAAUUUACAUAGUAAAAUUCUUCUCUUCUCUCUUCUCCAUCCUUCUCAUGUUCACGCAACUGCAUUUCCUGCUACAUUACAGAGACUAAUCUCAGUAAUAAAUCUUUUACUUUGUGCCGUUUGGUGUCGAGUUGAUCCGUGGAGCACAGGGGCAUGGAAGAUUGUACUAUAGCUACUGGAGAACGAAGUGUUUACAACUAUUAUGGUUUAUAUAUGGUUCGUAAUUAAGCCUAGCUGUUCAAGAGAGAAAUUCUGGCAAUGAUCCUUUUACACUUCAUUUUAGUACAUGUCAUUAUUAUAUUACGUAUUGUUUACUUGUGAUUCUUGGACAUAUAGCUUUAUCAAAUCGAUUUGAACGAUUCGUGCCCCGCAUCCGAUGUUGUCUUCUGAAUUAAUAAAAUGGAUGAUCUUCUGAAUUAUUAAUUUUUUCAUUCCCAUUAAAUUUUAAUCCGACUUGCAAGGACCAAUCGAAUUUUUCAUGUUUUUUUGUAAUAAGUUAGAUUUGGUUUGCAUGCCAUAAAAGAGAGAGAGGUGAGUUAUGCUUAUCACGAAGUGGAUCUUGCAUGCCGGAUGGAUUAGUUUAUAUUUGCUGCUAGAAUUACAGUAGAAUCCGUUAACAAUGGCAUAAAAGUGUCAUGAAUGUCAUACUGAACAAAAUGGCAGAUUCUUUACUCCUUACGAAUUCUUUUAGAAUAAAAUCUAGAUUAAUUAUUCCGCAUCAUGCAAUUGGGGAAGAGUAGGUGAGACCCAGCAUCCAGCAUGAAAGUGGUAGGAAUCUAGUAAAACACCAAUGUAAGACACUAGAACAACACAUAGUACUAAAAAAUGUCAUGAACCGAUAUUGUCAUUAAAAGUAAAAAAGCAAGUUCUGAGUCAACUACGACCAAAUGUUUUUGGCCAUGUUUGUGAACCCGGGACACGGCUUAUAAUUAAUAUAUAUAUCAUAUAAUGUGCGUAUAAUAUUUUGUAACGAAGUACUUGUAUUGUGUAUAUAUGAAAGUUUGUGAUAAUGUAAUGAUGGUGCCAAAUGAUAUAUCUAUAUAGUUUUAAUUUUAGUUCAACUAAGGAUAUACAAUAUACACAAAUUAUAUGUUUUAGAAUUGUAACUAGAAGUAUUAUUAGCUGUAGAAACUACAAUCGUCAAAUUAUAGAGACUGGAGAGAUAGUUUGUGUCUAAACCCCGCGCGUUGGAACGUGACGUCAGCAGGCUGUCGUCAAUUUGUAUACAUUACUUUUGAUUGGUGAUUUUCGAGAUGUCUACCUGAACUAAAUGACCUGUGAAAUUUUUGUCACGCGGGUAUUUUUUAACUGUGUAAGCGUCUCAAUUAUAGAAAACUUUGGAACGUAUGUUGUUAACUUUCAUUAGCCCAGUACCUAAUUCUGUUGUCAAUAUACGAUAAAUGUAAUGUCCGAAGUUUUCCCGAACGGUAACCAUAGCAAUGUGUGUGCAUUAUAGAACUUAUUUUGUAUGUAAUGUGUGCAUUCGGAAACCCGAAUAUGUUUUUGAUAAUCGAUUUCAGAUAUAUUAUCUAAUGGAUUUGAAUUUGUAUUGUUUAAACCAAAAAACCUUUUUUGUAAAAAAAAUAAGGGGUUCUCAGACGGAACUCCCUGAGGAGUGCCGGCUGAAGUGAAUACUUGAACAUUAACGUUGUGCAUUUUUGAAAAUUUUUGGAAAGGUUAGGGAAUAAUUUCGCAUGAAUUGCUUUAUUUAUCAGUAUAAAAGUAGUGGCUAAACUAGAAUGUAUGUGGUUCAAUACAAUAUUACAGAUUAUAUUACAUAAAAAUAUAAUCUAACACUUCGGAACUAUUAAAUACAGAUUUCGAUACUCUCAAAUUUAUAGCCUGACGGCGGUCGCUCCAUUCUCAAUCCGUGGUAUAAUUAAGAAAGUCGUUGUACUUACUAUAAUAACCUUUACCACAGUCAAAGAGCAGACAGAGGCAACAGUUAAAAUUAUUAUUUCUUAAAUGUUUUCUCUUAAUGGUUCUUUAGGACCUAACUAUUCAAUAGCGCGAAUAGCCCUCUUCUGCAGCACAAUGAUGGUAUUAAUAUCGGCAGCAUUGCCCCGUAGCAAUAUACAAUAGGACAUAAUACUAUGAAAAUAACUAAAGUAAACUAUUAUAUUUGCGCCGUAUCUAUGUCGUCAUAAAGUGGACUAGAUCAUACUGAACUGACGCCGCCCGGAUUUAUGUCACAACAGUAUUUUAUGUAGUACAUACCUAGGUAGGUAUAUAUAUUAUUAUGUCUUCUUUGUCUAUUUUAUUUAAGUUAUAAUCUAUAAAUAAAAAAAAUGCAUUUAUAUGUUUAUUACCAAUAUUUUAUUUUGUACAAACGGCUCUGUAAUGGGUCUGAAUAUUGGAAUGACAUUCAAUUAAAAAUAUAAUAAUGGAACGAAAUGUUAUAAAUUUAUUUUUUACCCAAUUAAUUAUUAUGUUCUUAAAUUAAAUAUCGGUGAUUAAAUAAAUAAAUAAUACACCAGCACUGGUGAGACACUAACGAUACUCUUGAGGAAACCGUGCCAAUAAAUAUUAAGAAGCCGGGACCAUGGACCUGUUGGCGCUUGCGGUUAAAUAACGAAAGCGACACACGCAGUACGGUGAUGCAUCUAUACUUUAUUUAUUUUCAGGGUUAUUUUUUCAAAAAUGAAAUAUUAAUGUACAUAAUUUUAGUACAUAAUUGGAAUCCAGUGCCGACUACUCUCCUUAAGUAUCGUUAGUGUCGUGACUACACUAUGGAAAAUGUUUGAUUAAUGUUUCGUAGUACGCCACGUAAGAAGUAUCGACAUACAUCAGUUAACACAUAUUUCUGCAAUUCAAGUUGAUGUGAACUAUGUCGGUACUUCCUGUCCAGGUUUUCCUAUAAUUAUAAAUAAUAAUGUAUAAAAUAAUAGCGGCUUUGGCUAGAAGUGAAUUAAAUAAGAUUUAUAAACAUUGCUUACAGGACAAUAAUAUUUUGUACAAUAAUUUUUAUUAAAUUUGUAAUAAUAUU